UGACAGAUGGCGGCGGGUCCCGGGGGAGCCGGCUCUCCCCCAAUGCAGACGCAUGCCAAUCACCGUCUCUCAUGUGAUAGCUGCUGCCCGUGACGUGCCAAGCCCAUAUGGCCUGGCAGAGAGGCUGGUACCCCGCCUGGUAGAGAUGCCACACUCGCUCCGCGGUCCGCAUGGCGCUCUGAAGACGCCGGCGCCCGCCGCCUUGAGGAACCGCUGCCCCCGCUCCCUGAAGAUGGGGGAACAAUGAAAUAAGCGAGAAGAUUCCUCUUCUCCCCCCUCUCUCUCUUGCCCCCCUCCCCCCCCUCCCCUCCCCUCUCCCCUUGACUCCUCUCCGAGGCACCAUGCUGACCCGCCUGUUCAGCGAGCCCGGUCUCCUCUCGGACGUGCCCAAGUUCGCCAGCUGGGGCGACGGCGACGACGACGAGCCGAGGAGCGACAAGGGCGACGCGCCGCCGCCGCCGCCGCCUCCGCCGGGGCCCGGGGCUCCGGGGCCCGCCCGGGCUGCCAAGCCUGUCCCUCUCCGUGCAGACGAGGUGCCGGAGGCCGCGCUGGCCGAGGUCAAGGAGGAAGGCGAGCUGGGGGGCGAGGAGGAGGAGGAAGAGGAGGAGGAGGAAGGGCUGGACGAGGCAGAGGGCGAGCGGCCCAAGAAGCGCGGUCCCAAGAAGCGCAAGAUGACCAAGGCGCGCCUGGAGCGCUCCAAGCUGCGGCGGCAGAAGGCGAACGCGCGGGAGCGCAACCGCAUGCACGACCUGAACGCGGCGCUGGACAACCUGCGCAAGGUGGUGCCCUGCUACUCCAAGACGCAGAAGCUGUCCAAGAUCGAGACGCUGCGCCUAGCCAAGAACUACAUCUGGGCUCUCUCGGAGAUCCUGCGCUCCGGCAAGCGGCCCGACCUGGUGUCCUACGUGCAGACGCUGUGCAAGGGUCUGUCGCAGCCCACCACCAACCUGGUGGCCGGCUGUCUGCAGCUCAACUCGCGCAACUUCCUCACGGAGCAGGGCGCCGACGGCACGGGCCGCUUCCACGGCUCGGGUGGCCCGUUUGCCAUGCACCCCUACCCGUACCCGUGCUCGCGCCUGGCGGGCGCACAGUGCCAGGCGGCGGGCGGCCUGGGCGGCGGUGCGGCGCACGCCCUGCGGACCCACGGCUACUGCGCCGCCUACGAGACGCUGUAUGCGGCGGCGAGCGGCGGAGGCGCGAGCCCGGACUACAACAGCUCCGAGUACGAGGGCCCGCUUAGCCCCCCGCUCUGUCUCAAUGGCAACUUCUCACUCAAGCAGGACUCGUCGCCCGACCACGAGAAGAGCUAUCAUUAUUCUAUGCACUACUCGGCGCUGCCCGGCUCGCGGCCCACGGGCCACGGGCUGGUCUUCGGCUCGUCGGCUGUGCGCGGGGGCGUCCACUCGGAGAAUCUCUUGUCUUACGAUAUGCACCUUCACCACGACCGGGGCCCCAUGUACGAGGAGCUCAAUGCGUUUUUCCAUAACUGAGACCUCGCGCCUGCCCCCUUCUUUUUCUUUUGCCUUUGCCCGCACCCCUGCCCCCAGCCCCCCGAGCGCAAGGGGACCCCCACCUAUCCUGGCGCCGGGCGCGGGGAGCGGGCCGCCGGUACUGACCCUCUCCUGGGCAGUGCAGUCCUCUUUCCUGUGGGUGGCCCGUCCCAGGGGCCUCGCUACCCCCAGGGGACUCGCCUUCUCUCUCCCCAAGGGGUUUCCUCCUCUUUCCAGGGGUGGUUCUCCAGGGACCCCUCUUAGGGCACUCCCUGGAGACCACCCCCCAUUUCCCAAUCCCUACACUUAAGUUUCCUCCUCCCCUUCCCCCCUGCAGGCCCAAAGGCAUUGGCAAGGGGGCAGCUGAGCUGUGGGAUACUGUUUGCCCUCUAUUGUUGUUGUCGUUGUUGUUGUUAUUAUUAUCAUUAUCAUCAUUAUUAUUAUUAUAACAGACACCGAGCUGCCGAGGCAGAAAGGAGCCGGGCGCCCCCUCUUUCUUGAAGAGGGCAUAAAUCAGGUCUCCUUAGUCUGGACCUGGAACGCCCUCUCCCCAACCCCUAGUCACAGCGUUUUGUGAUUUUAAUUUUGGCGGGAGGAAGUGUGGAUUGAGAGGAAAGAGAGAGGCCAAGACAAUUUGUAACUAGAAUCCGUUUUUCCCUUUUCCUUUUUUUAAACAAACAAACAAACAUACAAAAAAAAAAAAAAAAGCUAAGAUGCGACGGAGGCCGAACGCAGAGUCCGGAUCGGAAAGAAAACGCAGUAAGAACUUUUAGAAGCAAUAAAAGGCAAAAAA